GUUCGCACGCCACCUCGUGACUCGCCGCUGUGUUGUUUUUCAACUCGAGCUCGACGCUGCGCUGCAUCUGCUCGUCUGCAGUUCUUCGGAUCCGACACUUGUCAUUCCUGUCAUUGUCGCGUUCUGUUAUUUACGUAUAUAUCUAUCUAUCUUAUAUAUAUACACACACACUCGAAGGUAUAUUGUGCGUGCGGAUUGUUGCCGAUCGACUUUUAUCGACGCGCUCGCAUCGUGUGACCGCCUGCAGCUCUGCGUUCGGCGCAGAUUUUGCUCUCUUUCAACGCCGCGCAGUCUACUCGUUCGCCUGACACUUCUUCCUCUCGCCUCUAUCUUCUGUACUUGUGCGUGUCUUGAUUGUGUGCGCCUUUAAACGACCUUUAACCCGCUGCGCUGCCGCAGCAGCUGCUGUUAUAUAGCUACUGCCAGUGCUACCUUAUUAUUUGUGCUACCUUCUCUUUCGUCCUCUGGUCCCCCUCCUUUCACCCUCGCACAGCUUUUAACCAUCCCCCUCUUGUACCCAUAAAUCCAUCUCUCUCUUUCUCGCUCUCUCGUGCUCUUUCGCGCUCUCUCUCUCUCUUGGCGUUAAGCACGUGCUUUUUUGGCUUGAACCAAUGGACAUUUGCAGUUUAAACGUUUUCUUCAAAGUUCGACGAUUGUGAGAUUUCAACAUUCGACGAAAGCUCGACGCAGUGCUAAGUUGAGAAAUAAAAACGAGUGAUUAACUAGUGAUUACUGAGAUUACAGAAAAAGUGCGUGUUCGGUUGAGUUCGGAGUUUUGGUGAUCAGUGCAAGCUAGACAAGCUGCAAUAUCGAACACCGAAUUGGUUUUUUUCCACAAAUCCUGUUCUCUCUGAAAAAGUGUAAUUGUGCAGAUAUUCGAACUAGGAUUUUUCGAGGCACGCAUACCGAGGCAGAGUGCGACAGAAUCGACAGAAAACAAAAACCAGUCGCUUCGCAGGCGUGUAUUGUAAGCGCAGCAGCAUCAGGACAGCAUCUGCAGCAUCCAGAAUGAGCACAGACGGCAUCGUCGGUGCAAUAGCCAUUAGUCUCUUUGGAGACGAAAAGAAAAGAAGAGAUAGCAUCGACAACAGCUACUCAUUCAGCGAUGGUGAUUCCUCGAGGGGCUUUGAUCCUUACAGCUACAAAAGCACGAGGAGUGAAAACCUGGAUUUAUCCUUGAACGUACCUCAGCACAUCCAGUCGUCCUAUCAUCAUCAACAUCAUCACGACGGCUACAAUAUGGCUGAACAGACGUUUCACACACCAAGUUUUGGAGAUGAAGACUUUGAUAUCCCUGCUAUGCAUGCUCAUCCACAUCAACAGCAGCAGCAACAGCAUCAACAGCACCAUCAACAGCAGCAUCAUCAACAACAACAGCAGCAACACGAUCAAAUGCAUCAUGGUUACCAGUCACAGGUACAUAUACGCAUGAUGCCAGGAGGUGGAAUGCAACAAACACCAGACGCUUUGAGUCUCGACCCCGGUGGAUAUCAGCAGCCCCUCUAUCUACAACAGGAACAUGGCAUGCAGUCGAUCAACGUCAGUACGAUUCCUGCUUACAGUUCAUCAUACAGCAAUCCUCAAAAUACUUACACGUCGAUGAAUGCCGCUAAUCAACAACAGCAGCCUCAACCACAAAAUCCACAACAGCACAACGGCCAACAGCAACAAAUGUUAAUGAUGCAACAGCAGCAGCAGCAACAACAGCAACAACAGCAGCAGCAACAACAGCAACAACAACAGAUGCAACACAUUCAGUACAUGCAUUCACAGCAGCAGCAACAACAACAACGAGGACAAGCUCAACAUAUGCAACAGCAGCAACAGUUACAGUAUGCCAUGAAUAGGACGGGCAGCAGUCCUCCAACAAUGACACCUACUGGAGUACCAGAAAAUACAACAACAAGCGAAGACAGCGAUGACAGUACUCCUCAUUCUGCUGUGGUUGCUGGAUUUAAACGGCCAUCGCCUGAGCCAGCUGACGUAGUGAAUAAAGUUCAAAAAAAACCAAAGACCCAGAAAAAGAAAAAGAAGCGGGAUCCUAAUGAACCACAAAAGCCAGUCUCUGCUUAUGCGCUCUUCUUCAGGGAUACUCAAGCAGCUAUUAAGAGUCAAAACUCAAAUGCAAGUUUUGGAGAAGUUUCCAAAAUUGUAGCUUCAAUGUGGGACACGCUCGACUCGGAGCAUAAAGAUGUAUACAAAAAGAAAACAGAAGCCGCUAAAAAGGAAUAUUUGAAAGCCCUUGCAGCCUAUCGAGCCUCGCUAGUUCAAAAGAGUGGCGAGGAGCAACAAGCUGCCCAACAAGCCCAACAACAAGCUCAACAGCAGGCUGCUCAACAAGCUCAGCAACAAGCUCAGCAACAGCAACAAGUUCAGCAACAGCAGCAGGUGGUCCAGCAGCAGCAACAACAAGUUCAACAGCAACAACAAGUUGCGUACGGUAGUUACGUUGCUCCUUACGGCGCUCCAAGUGGUCAAGUCACACCUGGUCAAGUUCCUUAUCAGGUUUAUAGUCCACAACCGCCCUCACCUCAACAGCAACAGCAAAUGAACGCGAUCAAAAAAUCACCUCAUCAUCUUUCUCCAAAUGCGCACAUGCAACCGAGUCCACACCAACAGGCAAUGAUGGCAAAUCCGAUGGCACCGCCACCUCACAUGGCACAGCAGCACUUGCAACAGCAGCAGCAGGUCUCGCAGCAGCAAGCGCAGCAGUACAUGCAGCAGGUGCCUCAGCAAGUACAGUCACAGCAACAGCCGAUGAUGCACAUGAGUCCACCUCGGGGUAGCGAGCCUUUAUCGAGCCCCCCUCCUCAAAUGAGGCUUCAACAAGCUCAACAACCAAUGCCUCAACAGCAACAGUUAAAUCAGUUAAAUCAGCAGCAAAUGGUUCAACAACAGCUAAAUCAACAGCAGCCACCACAGCCACCUCAGCCAACACAUCCAUGCAUUCGUCACGGCUGCCAGAAUCUGGCUAUAACUAAUAAUGAGUGGGAAGAUGAAUAUUGUAGUAAUGAAUGCGUGGUUAGUCAUUGCAGAGAUGUUUUUCAUAACUGGGUUCCGACUAACCAAAAUCCACCACAGACUUAUAAUGCAGUAAAAUAAGUACGCUGAAAUAUUUCAUAAGUAAAUCUAGCAAAAGCGAACGAGUAAUCGAAUGCAGCUUACUGAACGAACUGAGGAUAUCUACUACAGCUGCGCAGUAUAGAUUUGAAAAUGAUUCCCGUCGUCGACUGAAAUGAAAAUCGAGUCUUAAAAGACCGUGUAAAUAGAGCUAAGCUAAGCUUGAAGCAACAAAGUAUCGACACUGUUAUUUUCUUCUUCUUAACAGUUAUAAAAAUUUUAAUCAAAAUUCGUGGCCGUAAGCAGCACGUACCGUUUAUUUAUUUAAUAAUUUUUUUGUUGAUACGGAAAACAGAGGCGAAUUGUCACAAACAGUCUGUGGCAUAAAGUUAAAUUUAAAUGUUGUAAGAUUUAAGCUAAUAGCUGCGUAAACGGGUACAUGCGUUGUGUAUACGUAGUAGAUAUUUUUUCCUAUUUGUGUUAAUUUUUUCAUUAAAACUAUUCAGUAAGAACAUGUCGAGAGAAAAAAGAGAGUAACAUAUUAUUAAAAUUGAGUGAAGAGGAAAUAUUUCAUCUUGGAUGCAACAUAUGACGUAAAAUUAAAAAAAAAUCAUAUGCAGUGUAAAUAAACGAAAAAAUGCACGUUACGACGAUUCCAAGAUUAGCCCCGAGAUUUCUUCGAAACUAAUAAAAAAGAAUGAAUAAACAAAAUCCAAGUUUAACUUAGUUAAAUGUGAUUAAAACACGAAAUCUUUCAGACGAAUGAGUAUUAACCAAUCAUACAUGUGAGAUAGAAAAAUGUCAAAAAUAUGAAUACAUUCUAACUUUAAAGUCUGUAUAACAACUAUUUUUGAUUUUAUGAUUUUUCAAAUCACAAAUGUCAUUGGUCAUUCGUUUAAAAUUAAGUCAAACGAUUGUUUAUACUUUUUUUUUAUUUUAAGAUUUGUUGAAUGUAUCUUUUUUUUUUGUAUUUUUUUUUUUCAAUAUGUUGCGGCAUUUGACGGCGAGAGCGCAUUAUUAAGUGAGAAAAAAGUAGAGUAAAAUAAAUGUAUUACGAGAUAAAAAAUGCGACGUAAUUAUUGCAAUAGAUAUUGAUAAUAUAUGUUCCUGAGCUCUCGCCACUUUCCCACUAAAUCAAUGACCCUGAUCAUGGGGUUUAAACAUAUACAUAAAAACAUACGUAUAAAUUAUUUAUAUAAAUAUAUAAAUAUAGGUGUAAUGGAACGAAAAAUAAUGCAUAUAUUAGUGUAAAAUAAAUUACGUACAGACCGGACCAUUACGGUAAAAAUGGAUUAGAUACGAUAUUGUACUAUCUUUAAAUUCGAUUACUUUUAAAAUACAUGAUUGUAGAGAUUGAAAUGUUAACUUUUUCAUAAAAAUUAUAGUAUUACUUUUGCUCAAUUAUAUAUAAUGAGCACGUUCAAUAAUUUGUUUCGACAUGUUAGACAGUUGCUAAAUAAAAAUUAAUAAUUAGAAAAAUCUUGUAGUUGUGAGUUGUUUUUAGAAAUUUUAUUUUUACAUUCAUCACUAUCACUUUUUCCUUGAUAAUAAAUUCAGCAUCGCCCAUUGAUAAAACUUAGAAGUGUUAUCUGCAUUUAAUUUUCCUUUAGUUUGCUCACAAUUCCGAGUACCUAUUUAAUUCUCUACUGAAAUGUAAAAACCACUUUUUAAAGUGUCAUACAUAGCAGUAAAUUCUAAUAUGAUUCCUGCAUUAAAUUGGUAACUAUCAGAAGCGAGUUCACGCGCCUAUGAUGCUCUUUUUUCUCUCGUGAUAUGUUCUCUUAUCGUUCAAUAAAAUCUAUAUUAUUUAUUUCAAUAACGUUUUCAGAUGGGCUUAUUACAUUAAGUCCCCCUUUUUUCACAUUCUUAUUGUACAUACAAAUAAAAACUAUUUGAUAUAGAUUCAUAGUAUAAGACUCGAGAUAAUUGAAUGAUAGUCGAUAUUGUAUUAUAUACCGAUAACGUUUUAUGGUAUAUUAAAUAUGAAUAUAUUAUUGAUAUGAUUAUUAUGAUUACUAUUAUUACAUAAAGAGGUAUAAAUAUAUUAUUACUUCGUGUUAUAUGAACGGCAAAAUUGCUUACGUGUUUCAGCGGCUGGUUCAUUUUUAGAAAAAAUAUGUCUUGUUAGAGAUUUUAAAAAUGUAACCGAUUAUUUUAAUCAAAUGAAAUUUCACCAAUCUUAAUUACGUAUCACAGAAAAAACAGCGGUUUAAUCAAUUCAAUUGCAAGGUAUUCUUGUAAGAACAAUCAAAACUAAAUUUUUUUAAAAAAAGUAAUACCUGCAGCAAUCGACGCUCAACAGUGAGUGACUUUGCCAAACAAUCACGAAGCCUCCAACCAAUAAUUACGAAUUAUGAACGUAGUUAUUAUUGUUUAUCGAUUAUUUAGAAAAAAGUUCAGAGUUACUAAAAUGAACGGGAUAAUAAAUCAUUUUUUGAAGAAAAUGAAUGUAUUUAGAAGUUCGUAAAUGCCCAUACAUAUAAAAACAGAAAGUAUUUGCAAACUCGUUGUUUUACUCAAAAUUGCAGGAUCGAAAUUACAAGCAACUGAAAACCAAGAGAAUGGAUAAGGUUCAUAAAAAUAAAUUUUUAUGUAGAAUGAUCUGAAAAUCCCCUGUAAAAACUAACUCUAUGAAAUUCUUAUGUAUUAUUUCAUGCACUCAUUAAAAAGAAAUGAAAAAAAAACUUUUUUCGUUGAAGAGUCAAUAUAAAAAUUAAUUGUUCUCGUGAUCCUGGCGGUAAAUAUACGUGCGAACAAACUAAUAAUAAUUCUAGAAACUACUAAGCUAUGUCAGUACUUCUAGCAUUACCCAUCAAAAUAUUGACAAGAUUAUAACUCAAAAAUAUUUUGCGUUUGUUUUUAUUGCUUUCUGUACAAAGAUUUCCUUAUUAAACGAUUUAAGCUCCAAAAGUGUACAUGAGUUUUCAUUUUCCUUGAAUAAAACCUCUUUUUUCUUUUUUUCUUUCUAAAUACAUUAAUAAUGAGUAUUUAAUAUAUUAUCGUUAAUUCAUUAUACUAGAUGAGAUCAUUAUUUUGAGCAUGAAUUUUAAUUGUAAAUCACAAUAUACAUGAUCAUAUUUGUGAAAAUAUAAGCACUUAUUGACCUCAAACCCAUGCAAUAUUAACAUGAACAUUUGUAAUGUAAAACGGAACUGUGAUAGUAAAAUUUUGGCAUUAAAUUGAAUGAGCAACUCUUUUGAAUUCAAUUUUUACAUCUAUAAUGUUUUGUGCAAUAUUUUUGUGAAGAUAGUAAAUUUAAUUUACGAUAUUUUAACAUGCCUUUGGUUUUUACAAGUCUUAAUAGAUCCGUUUUACAAUUGCAGCGGUAAUUCAAUGUCCGAGUAUUGCGCUUAAAUAUAAAAAUCAUAUAAUAAGUGUUCUUAUAAAUAUUUAAUAAGAAAUACAAUUGUUGAUGUCAAAACAAAA